UGUUGGUGAUCAUCCACAAUGACCAAGACCGACGCUCUCCGUCGAUUCCUCCCUUCUUGCUUCUUCUCCGCCACACCCACGAACGCCACCACUGCCACCAUCACCAAGAGACGCCUUAGCACCUCCCUCAGGGACGACACUGACCCAGAAACCAAGAGCCAAGACCAAGACUCCUCUACCUCCAACGACACCGUUUCUGCCUGCACCACCACCACCACAACAACGACUGCUGCUCCUCUUGUCCACCCUCGCCCCUCCCGGACCAUGGUGGUCGGGACCAUCUUCGGGCCCCGCCGCGGCCACGUCUGGUUCUGUGUCCAGCACGACCGCCUCUCCUUCAAGCCUACCCUCCUACUCGAGCUCUCCAUCGUCACCCACCAGCUCGUCAAGGAAAUGCGCAGCGGGCUCGUCCGGAUCGCGCUCGAGUGCGACGAAUCCGAGCUUGGAUCCUGCCCGCUCCGCUCGGUACCCGCCUGGACCAUGUACUGCAAUGGCCGCAAGCUCGGGUUCGCGGCCAGGAGGAAGGCAAGCGAGCGGGUCAAGUCGAUGCUCAGGACCAUGCAGUCAACGACGGUCGGAGCAGGGGUCAUUCCGGCAGGGUUCGGAUCGCCGGGAGACGAGGAGGUCAUGUACAUGAGGGCCAACUAUGAGCACGUGGUGGGGAAUUCGGACUCGGAGUCGUUCCACCUUGUCAGCCCGGACGAGUGCCCGGGUCAAGAACUCAGCGUGUUCUUGCUUAGGUCGAGGAAUAUAUAGGAACCUUGUUUGAAUAAAAGAGGAAAAAUUAUUUAAAGAAAAUUGAUUGUUUUCUUGCUCUUGGAUUUGAAAAUGUUUGCCAGGAUUCUCUUGAAUCUUGGAAGAGGGGGUUUCUUUGUAACUAGAUUUUUCUUUUAGAAGAGUAUAGC